AUGGAGAUGGAGAAGAAGGUGAACAAGUCUCUGGACGUGACCGAGGACGAGUCAGAGGCCGUGUCGCGACUCGUCGUUCCAGUUAUCCCACCCGGCGGGGUGAGCUUCUACGAUGCUUUCGUUGUCAGAGGCAUCCGAGUCAACCGAGUCGAACCCGGACUGAUCGUCUGUACUUUGAAGGUCCCUCCCCGCUUCACCAACUAA